AAUAAUUGUAUCAGUAUGGCUGAUAAGAAGAAACCCGAUUCGUUCCAUUACUUCAUGAGUUACGAUGAUUUGAGUGACAGUAGCGAUAGUAACAGCAGCGAUUCCGAUGAAGCGGGCCAGAAGAAAUCAAGAGGAAAGGGGGGGAACGAUGCUACUGGAAGCUGUAGCAAAUCUCCCCAACACGGGACCAAGCGGGCUGCCAGUGGAGCUCCUCUACCAAAACCCGACGAGCUCUUCAAGUCGGUCUCUAAGCCGUCCUUUCUGUACAACCCGCUGAAUAAACAGAUCGAUUGGGAGAGCCGCGCCGUGAAAGCUCCAGAAGAGGUACUAGUACUGUAUUGUUUAGCCAGCCAGCUAGCGUUCGUCCAUUCAUUCAUCCAUUCAUAGCUAGCUGUUGUCGUAACUAGUUGUUGACCAAGCUAGCUAACGUUAACUACUUACUUAUGUAUACUGAACAAAAAUAUAUACGCAACAUGUAAAGUGUUGGUCCCAUGUUUCAUGAGCUGAAAUAAAAGAUCCCAGAAAUGUUCCAUACUCACAAAAAGCUUAUUUCUCAAAUUUUGGCCACAAAUUUGUUUACAUCCCUGUUAGUGAGCAUUUCUCCUUUGCCAAGAUUAUCCAUCCACCGGACAGGUGUGGCAUAUCAAGAAGCUGAUUAAACAGCAUGAUCAUUACACAGGUGCACUUUGUGCUGGGCACAAUAAAAGGCCAAUAAAAUGUGCUGUUUCGUCACACAACACAAUGGCAUAGAUGUCUCAAGUUGAGGGAGCAUGCAAUUGGCAUGCUGACUGCAGGAAUGUCCACCAGAGCUGUUGCCAGAGAAUUUAAUGUUCAUUUCUCUACAAUGUCAUUUUAGAGAAUUUGGCAGUACGUACAACCGGUCUCACAACCUCAGGCCACGUGUAACCACGCCAGCCCUGGACCUACACAUCUGGCUUCUUCACCUGUGGAAUCGUCUGAGACCAGCCACCAGGACAACUGAUGAAUCUGUGGGUUUGCACAACCGAAGCAUUUCAGUACAAAAUGUCAGAAACCGUCUCAGGGAAGCUCAUCUGCGUGCUCGUCAUCCUCACCAGGGUCGUAACCGACUUCAAUGGGCAAAUACUCACCUUCGAUGACAACUGGCAUGCUGGAGAAGUGUGCUCUUCACAGAUGAAUCCCGGUUUCAACUGUACCGGGCAGAUGGCGUCGUGUGGGCGAGCGGUUUGCUGAUGUCAACGUUGUGAACAGAGUGCACCAUGGUGGCGGUGGAGUUAUGAUAUGGGCAGGCAUAACCUACAGACAACGAACACAAUUGCAUUUUAUCGAUGGCAAUUUGAAUGCACAGAGAUACCGUGACGAGAUCCUGAGGCCCAUUGUCGUGCCAUUCAUUCUCCGCCAUCACCUCAUGUUUCAGCAUUCCACAAGCCACAAUCAACAGCCUAAUCAACUCUAUGCAAAGGAGAUGUGUCGUGCUGCAUGAGGCAAAUGGUGGUCACACCAGAUACUGACUGGUUUUCUGAUCCACAGUAUCCAAGGUAUCUGUGACCAACAGAUGCAUAUGUGUAUUCCCAGUCAUGUGAAAUCCAUAGAUUAGGGGCUAAUUUACUUGUAUGAACUGUAACUAAGUAAAAUCUUUGAAAUUGUUGCAUGUUGUGUUUUUAUAUUUUUGUUCAGUGUAGCUAACUAAUUCCCACAGUGACAGUCAAUGUGUGUUGUUAGCUAGCUACAUAGCUAACAGCAGCUACUGCUAGUAACUAGUGUAGUGUUACAUUAGUCAGUGACACAACACUGCAUUCUACUAGCUAGUCUGAUUAAUCAGGCUGUAAUGCACAAUUAAUUGGUAUAGCUAUACAGCCUGAAACUAAUGUCUGCAAACUCGUUUUAAUGUUCCUUACAAGCUUGCCAGAAGAUCCAGAACCUACUGUUACGCUUGUUUACACUUUUUGGUAUUUUUGGUAUUUUAUUAGGAUCCCCAUUAGCUGUUGCAAAAGCAGCAGCUACUCUUCCUGGGGUCCACACAAAACAUGAAACAUGACAUAAUACAGAACAUUAAUAGACAAGAACAGCUCAAGGACAGACCUACAUUUUUUAAAAAGGCACACGUAGCCUACAUAUCAAUACAUACACACAAACUAUCUAGGUCAAAUAGGGGAGAGGCGUGCCGUGAGUUGUUGCUUUAUCUGUUUUUUGAAACCAGGUUUGCUGUUUUAUUUGAGCAAUAUGAGAUGGAACGGAGUUCCAUGCAAUAAUGGCUCUAUAUAAUACUGUACACUUUCUUGAAUUUGUUCUGGAUUUGAGAACUGUUAAAAGACUCCUGGUGGCAUGUCUGGUGGGGUAAGUGUGUGUGUCAGAGCUGUGUGUAAGUUGACUACGCAAACAAUUUAGGAUUUUCAACACAUUGUUUCAUAUAAAAAUAAGUGAUGCAGUCAGUCUCUCCUCAACUCUUAGCCAAGAGAGACUGGCAAGCAUAGUAUUUAUAUCAGUCCUCUGAUUACAAUGAAGAGCAAGACAUGCCACUCUGUUGGGCCAGCUGCAGCUUAACUAGGUCUGUCCUUGCAGCACUGGACUACACGACUGGGACAAUAAUCAAGAUUAGACAACUAGAGCCUGCAGAGCUUUUUGGAGUGUGGUGUCAAAAAAGCAGAGCAUCUCUUUAUUACGGACAGACCUCUCCCCAUCUUUACAACCAUUUAAUCUAUAUGUUUUGACCAUGAUAAUUUACAAUCUAAGGUAACGCCAAGUAAUUUAGUCUCCUCAACUUGUUCAACAGCCACACCAUUCAUUACCAGAUUCAGCUGAGGUCUAGAACUUAGGGAAUGAUUUGUACCAAAUACAAUGUUAGUUUUAGAGAUGUUCAGGACCAGUUUAUUAGUGGCCACCCAUUCCAAAACAGACUGCAACUCUUUGUUAAGGGUUUCAGUGACUUCAUUAGCUGUGGUUGCUGAUGCGUAUAUGGUUGAAUCCUCAGCAUACAUGGACACACAUGCUUUGUUUAAUGCCAGUGGCAGGUCAUUGGUAAAAAUAGAAAAGAGUAGAGUGCCUAUAGAGCUGCCCUGUGGUACACCACACUUUACAUGUUUGACAUUAGAGAAGCUUCCAUUAAAGAAAGCUCUGAAUCCACGAUAUGGCAGAGGUUGAAAAGCCAUAACACAUGUUUUUUUAACAACAGGUUAUGGUCAGUAAUAUCAAAGGCUGCACUGAAAUCUAACAGUACAGCUCCCAAAAUCUUCUUAUUAUCAAUUUCUUUCAACCAAUCAUCACUGAGCAGCACUGAGGUCAGAACGCAAUCAUAGUUACAUUAAAGGAGAUCCAGAAACUCCCAAGUGAUUCCAUACAUUGAAACUAGUUAAGUGGAGUUUGCCCUCUCCCCCUCUCUGUAGUGCUACACUGAAACGGCUGCAAAAAAAACGGGUCAAGGUACUCGUGACGUUGCUGGAUGUAGACCUCUCUGCUCCUUUGCAACUAACUACCUACAUGUACAUAUUACCUCGGCUAACCUGUGCCCCCCGCACAUUGACUCUGUACCAGUACCCCCUGUAUAUAGCCUCGCUACUGUUAUUUUACUGAUGCUCUUUAAUUAUUUGUUAUUUUUUAGUUAACACUUACAGUGGGGGAAAAAAGUAUUUAGUCAGCCACCAAUUGUGCAAGUUCUCCCACUUAAAAAGAUGAGAGAGGCCUGUAAUUUUCAUCAUAGGUACACGACAACUAUGACAGACAAAUUGAGGGGAAAAAAAUACAGAAAAUCACAUUGUAGGAUUUUUAAUGAAUUUAUUUGCAAAUUAUGGUGGAAAAUAAGUAUUUGGUCACCUACAAACAAGCAAGAUUUCUGGCUCUCACAGACCUGUAACUUCUUCUUUAAGAGGCGCCUCUGUCCUCCACUCGUUACCUGUAUUAAUGGCACCUGUUUGAACUUGUUAUCAGUAUAAAAGACACCUGUCCACAACCUCAAACAGUCACACUCCAAACUCCACUAUGGCCAAGACCAAAGAGCUGUCAAAGGACACCAGAAACAAAAUUGUAGACCUGCACCAGGCUGGGAAGACUGAAUCUGCAAUAGGUAAGCAGCUUGGUUUGAAGAAAUCAACUGUGGGAGCAAUUAUUAGGAAAUGGAAGACAUACAAGACCACUGAUAAUCUCCCUCGAUCUGGGGCUCCACGCAAGAUCUCACCCCGUGGGGUCAAAAUGAUCACAAGAACGGUGAGCAAAAAUCCCAGAACCACACGGGGGGACCUAGUGAAUGACCUGCAGAGAGCUGGGACCAAAGUAACAAAGCCUACCAUCAGUAACACACUACGCCGCAAGGGACUCAAAUCCUGCUUAAGCCAGUACAUGUCCAGGCCCGUCUGAAGUUUGCUAGAGUGCAUUUGGAUGAUCCAGAAGAGGAUUGGGAGAAUGUCAUAUGGUCAGAUGAAACCAAAAUAGAACUUUUUGGUAAAAACUCAACUCGUCGUGUUUGGAGGACAAAGAAUGCUGAGUUGCAUCCAAAGAACACCAUACCUACUGUGAAGCAUGGGGGUGGAAACAUCAUGCUUUGGGGCUGUUUUUCUGCAAAGGGACCAGGACGACUGAUCCGUGUAAAGGAAAGAAUGAAUGGGGCCAUGUAUCGUGAGAUUUUGAGUGAAAACCUCCUUCCAUCAGCAAGGGCAUUGAAGAUGAAACGUGGCUGGGUCUUUCAGCAUGACAAUGAUCCCAAACACACCGCCCGGGCAACGAAGGAGUGUCUUCGUAAGAAGCAUUUCAAGGUCCUGGAGUGGCCUAGCCAGUCUCCAGAUCUCAACCCCAUAGAAAAUCUUUGGAGGGAGUUGAAAGUCCAUGUUGCCCAGCGACAGCCCCAAAACAUCACUGCUCUAGAGGAGAUCUGCAUGGAGGAAUGGGCCAAAAUACCAGCAACAGUGUGUGAACCUUGUGAAGACUUACAGAAAACGUUUGACCUGUGUCAUUGCCAACAAAGGGUAUAUUACAAAGUAUUGAGAAACUUUUGUUAUUGACCAAAUACUUAUUUUCCACCAUAAUUUGCAAAUAAAUUCAUUAAAAAUCCUACAAUGUGAUUUUCUGGAUUUUUUUUUCUAAUUUUGUCUGUCAUAGUUGACGUGUACCUAUGAUGAAAAUUACAGGCCUCUCUCAUCUUUUUAAGUGGGAGAACUUGCACAAUUGGUGGCUGACUAAAUACUUUUUUUCCCCACUGUAUGUUUCUUAACUGCAUUGUUGGUUAAGGGCUUGUAAGUAAGCAUUUCACUGUAAGGUCUACACCUGUUGUAAUCGGCACGUGACAAAUACGAUUUGAUUUACCAGUUAAUUCAGGAUUCAGAAAUCCGCGAAGUGUAGACAAAUACUUUUGUUUUAUUGAAAGCAUAUGUCCGAAUUAGCAUUUUGUCAAAGUACUAUCCGUUUUGAGUCAGUAAAUGUGUACUUUUCCACCUAAAACGUUUGCAAUUAAUUGAUAUCAUUAUUUUAUGUAGCCGACUGCCACAGCAGCGGAGAUGGGUAACAACUGUGCAUGUGCACCCUCGCAGUAGCCACUGCAGCCAUUGUUGUUCAAGGCGACAUGCCAUUCCAUAAUGGUUGCUGUGGUUACUGCUAACUAGCAUGAGGACGAAAAUAAACUAGCAGUAUUUCAAUCUCCUCAAUGGAGCAGUGUGGAUAAAUGUAAAAUGGCAUAUCCCUCCCUGCAAGUGGCAUAUCCCUCCCUGCAUUGAGGUAAGUUUUCCAACCCAUAUCUCUUGCCGGCUCCACGGUGUGUUAAUGUAACCAUGAUUGCGUUCCGAUCUCAGUGCAGCACAGUGUAAACAAGCGUAACGGUAGGGUCGGUAUCUUCCGGCAAUUUACAAUCCAGGAUGUAGAAUAAAAUUACAUUUAAACUUACUCUACUCUGUGCGGUUUGUCCUACAGCUGCUAAACAUUUGAGACAAAAUAUCCACAGGAAAGUAUUGUUUACCUGACUUUUUAGAGCCAGGUACAAUAUAGCCUACACAUUCAUAUAAUUUCAUAUUCAGUUUGCAUUUAACUGUAGGCUGACACUCAAUUUUAAUUUUUUUAAAGGUAUAUAAAUGCAAGGUAUGUAUCGACCUCCCGUGACUCAAAUUGUGGUCCCAACAACCUUAAUUAAGAAGAAGUAGUGUGUGAUUAUAGAUGUAUUCUCAUAACUCGCAACCCAACUCUCACAUGCCCAGGGCCUAUUUUGGGUCCUGACCCAUAGUUUAAGAAACCCUGGUAUAGCUAGUUGACUGCCAGCUCACCUGCUAUAACUCCAUGUAUUGUAAAUUGUACCCCUGUGGCACAGAUACAUAGGGGAAACCUAUAUGUUUUUGAAAUGAAAAUGUGAGUUAAUUAUAAGUAACUUUGCCUGCAGCCUGCAAAGGAGUUCAAGGUAUGGAAGACGAACGCGGUGCCCCCUCCGCAGACCUAUGCCGCGGAGGCGGAGAAGCCCAAGAAGGGAGCUCCCCCAGGGAUGGACAUGGCCAUAAAGUGGUCUAACAUCUACGAGGAUAAUGGAGAAGACGCUCCACAGCCUCACACUGGCAACGCUGUCUUCCUGCCCACAGAGGAACAGACAUCAGAUUCAGGUAGGGAGAAAAGUGUUACCUGUGUGACUGACCACGGUGUGCCUGCUUAGUAUUAUAUCUUCCUCCCUACACAGGGUAGUGGUACACUGUCCAUACAACUGCUCGAACCAGAGCCCUCUGCCUCACAAACACAUGUGAUUGCCCGCUUGACAAGGUACUAGCCACUUGCGCCACCGAAAAGCUAGCAGUUAUGCGACGUGGGUGGAGACAUGUCAAGCUGUUGUGUGGUCAUAUGGUACCAGCUUUAUCCUCUUAUCUGCUUAUGCCUGCACAUCUCUCAAUUAUUUUCAGACAGAAAAUGAUUUCUCUCUCUCUCCUCUGACACAACUGUUAUAUACGGGGGGGGGGGGGGGGGGUGAUGCUUAGGCAGGAUACAGUACUGCCUAACUGUGUAAUCCCAGUUAAUUUCUGAGUUAUUAUGACGUGCUGUUUUCUCCCUGGUAUAGACGAGGACGGAGACAAGGGGUCGGUGAAGAAGCGGAGGGUGGAGAGCUUCCAGCAGAAGGAGAAGAGGAAGAGGGAUCUGGGCCAGGCCACCUCUGACAAGAGCUUUGUAGAGGAAGAGAAGAGGAUCCUCAGGCAGAACGCGGACUGA